UCUCUUAAACCUCAACCCUCGAACCCACCCCCUCCUCCGCCACCUCCGCCACCCCCGCCUCCCCCAGUAGUGAUUCUUCCGCCGCUGCCAUCAGUGCCUCCGGUGAACAUCCCGCCGCUGCCAUCAGUGACUCCGGUGAGCAUUCCGCCGCUGCCAUCACUGCCUCUGCCUCCGGUGAACAUCCCGCCGCUGCCAUCAGUACUGCCUCCGGUGAACAUCCCGCCGCUGCCAUCAGUGACUCCGGUGAGCAUUCCGCCGCUGCCAUCACUGCCUCCGGUGAACAUCCCGCCGCUGCCAUCACUGCCUCCGGUGAACAUCCCGCCGCUGCCAUCAGUGCCUUCAGUGACUCUUCCUCCAGCGAGUCUUCCGCCGCUGCCAUCAGUGCCUCCAGUGCGUCUUCCAUUAGUGCCUCCAGUGACUCUUCCUCUUCCUCUUCCUCUUCCUCUUCCUCCACUGCGUCUUCCAGUACUGCCUCCAGUGCGUCUUCCGCCGCUGCCAUCCACUGGUGCCUCCGGUGACAAUCCCGCUGUUCCCGCGGCUACCAUAAACGAUGGAGGACCGUACCGCAUUUGAGCUAAGCUCCAUGGCUUGCCGGCCCGCCCUAUAUCGUCUCAAAUACUCACUAUAUAUUAUCAUCUUCUCCGAUCCCCUUUGCUUUAUAUAAGUAUCCCUCUCUACUACAUAUAAUAUUUUCCUUAUUUUACUUUCUAUGCCCCUCUGUAGUCCGUACCGUACGCACGUAAUAAUAUUGGAAUAAACGGCGAGCCACUUAUAUAUAUA